AGCUUUGGGCCCUCUCCUCCCUGGGGGUGGGUGCAGGCCGAGGGAGGCUGUUGACAGGACCAGAGGCUGAACCACAGGGCUGGGUUUGGCCGGAGUAGGCUGUGCCCCCAGGCACUGGGGAGGACCCCAAGCCCUCCACAGGUGUGCCUCUGAGGCCCUGCCCUCCCCACCUUGAGGUGGGGGCCCACCAGGAUGAACAAACUGUCUGGGGAUUUGGCCCGCGACUUGGAGCGUAGCCUGCCGGCUGUGGCCUCUCUUGGCUCAUCGCUGUCCCACAGCCAGAGCCUCUCUUCGCACUUCUUCCUGCCACCUCCUGAGAAGCGCCAGACGAUCUCUGAUGUCCGCCGCACCUUCUGCCUCUUUGUCACCUUCGACCUGCUCUUCAUCUCCCUGCUCUGGAUCAUUGAGCUGAACACCAACACAGGUAUCCGGAAGAACCUGGAACAGGAGAUCAUCCACUACAACUUUAAAACUUCCUUCUUUGACAUCUUUGUCUUGGCCUUCUUCCGCUUCUCAGGACUACUCUUGGGCUACGCGGUGCUGCGGCUCCGGCACUGGUGGGUGAUUGCGGUCACCACGCUGGUGUCCAGUGCCUUCCUCAUCGUCAAGGUCGUUCUUUCUCAGCUGCUCAGCAAAGGGGCAUUCGGUUACCUGCUCCCCAUCGUCUCCUUUGUCCUUGCCUGGUUGGAGACCUGGUUCCUUGACUUCAAAGUCCUACCCCAGGAAGCAGAGGAGGAGCGAUGGUAUCUUGCUGCCCAGGCCACUGUCGCCCGUGGACCCCUACUCUUCUCCGGAGCUCUGUCCGAGGGCCAGUUCUAUUCACCCCCAGAAUCCUUUGCAGGGUCUGACAAUGAAUCAGAUGAAGAAGUUGUUGGGAAGAAAAGCUUCUCUGCCCAGGAGCGGGAGUACAUCCGCCAGGGGAAGGAGGCCACGGCGGUGGUGGAUCAGAUUUUGGCCCAAGAGGAGAACUGGAAGUUUGAGAAGAAUAAUGAAUAUGGGGAUACUGUGUACACCAUCGAGGUUCCCUUUCAUGGCAAGACAUUCAUCCUGAAGACCUUCCUGGCCUGCCCCGCGGAGCUGGUGUACCAGGAAGUGAUCCUGCAGCCCGAGAGGAUGGUGCUGUGGAAUAAGACAGUGACCGCCUGCCAGAUCCUGCAGCGAGUGGAAGACAACACCCUCAUCUCCUAUGAUGUAUCCGCAGGGGCUGCGGGCGGUGUGGUCUCCCCCAGGGACUUUGUGAACGUCCGACGCAUUGAGAGGCGCAGAGACCGAUACCUGUCGUCAGGCAUCGCUGCGACCCAUUGCGCCAAGCCCCCUACACACAAAUAUGUCAGGGGAGAGAAUGGUCCUGGGGGCUUCAUCGUGCUCAAGUCGACCAGUAACCCCCACGUCUGCACUUUCAUCUGGAUCCUUAAUACAGAUCUCAAGGGCCGCCUGCCCAGGUAUCUCAUCCACCAGAGCCUUGCAGCCACCAUGUUUGAAUUUGCCUUUCACCUGCGGCAGCGAAUCAGUGAGCUGGGAGCCCGGGCAUAACCAUGCCCUCUCACCACCCUGUGGGCCAGGGUCCUGUCACCACAGCCUCUGGAGCCGGAGAGAGAGGCCGU